AUGGCUCAUUCACCGAUAUGGUUUAUAUUGGCCUACCAUGCUCAAGGACUGCAUCAGCUUUGCGCAAGGUUGCAUGAAUGUCAAAUGCAUGGGCCAAUCCAGCAUGUGCCAGACGUUCCUCUGCAACCAAUAAUUAAACUUUGGCCAGGGCGUGGUUGGGCUUUAGACUUCAUUGGGGAGAUUCAUCCAAAUUCUUCCUUACAGCACAAGCACAUUCUCCUGGCUACAGAUUUCUUCACCAAGUGGGUCGAGACUAUACCAGUCAAGACGACGUCUUCAGAGGUGAUCACUGACUUUAUCUUCAAAUAUAUUAUCACCAGGUAUGGCAUUCCAGAGUGUUUGGUAGCAGACAGGGGGGCAGGUUUCAUGGCUGAAAGGACUCAGAAGUUCUUAGCUGGCUAUGUACUUCCCAUUGAGAUUAAUGUUCAGUCGUUGAGGGUUCGCGAGCAGCACCAGUUGAUUGGCGAAGACUAUGUCCAGGCUAUGUAUCAAGAACAUGAAGACUUGGAUUCUCGCCGGGUGGAAGCUCUCGAUAGCCUUAUGGCAGAAAAGAAGAAGAUAGCACGGCUAUAUGACAAAUGCACGAGAGGACGCAGCUUUGGCGUUGGAGACUUAGUGUGGAAAGCUUGUUUUCCCUACGGUGAGCGAGUUGAUGGUCGUGGUAAAUGGUCUGCUAAAUGGGAAGGUCAUUUUGUGAUUGAUCGAGUAAUGGGCAAAGGCGCUUACUACCUUCGCGACACUGAUGGGAAUGUUCAUAGAAAUCCCAUGAAUGGUCGUCAUCUUAAGAAGUACUUUCCUAGUGUUUGGGAGUAUGAAGAUCCACCGGCAGCGGUGCAAGCAAAGUAA